GUGCGGGGCAGCGGGCUUUUCGGGGGCUCCCGGCUCCCGGCCCCGUCCGCUGCCCCGCCCGCUCCCGCCGCCUCCGCGGCGGCGGCCGGCGGCCGGAGCGGGGCUGCUCGCCGGCGGUCAGCCCGCCUCUGUGAACCCGGUUCGCGAUGGGAAAGUUCCCGGAAAAGCCUUGCCCUGAGCGGUCCCCACUCUGAAAAGAAAGAGGAAGCACGAAGUCCGGACGCUGGUUUGGCCACCGCUGACCGCGAGUGGUCCCGGCCCUUGUUUUCUGUGCUCAGUUGGCAGAUAAGUUAACGUUAGCCUGUUUCUUCGCCGAAACUUGAAUCUGAGGGACAUCGCCUCUGACUCGCUUUGAGCCCCAGACAUGAUCUGGGUAAAUAAAGAAGAAAACCGAGAAGGAGCAAAGCAUUGAUUACAAAUGUCUUAAUAAUGAACAAAUGCGGCAGGAAAAAAUAUAUUAAGACAAAUUUAAGACAAAUGACCAUGGAAACAAUUGAAUCUCAACAGGAUGGAAGUGUAACAGAUUCUUUGACAGAGAGAGAAUCUGCAAAUAUGCAGGCCCAGACUGGCCAAAAUUCAAUCCCUAAUUUAGCUCAGGUUUCUGUAGCUGGAUCAGGCUCCGGAAGAGGCUCCCCAGCUAUAACUCUAGUACAGUUACCUUCUGGCCAAACUGUACAUGUCCAGAGCGUAAUUCAGACACCACAGCCAUCGGUUAUUCAGUCACCACAGAUACAAACUGUUCAGGUAGCAACAAUCACAGAGACAGAUGAGUCUACAGAAUCAGAAGGUGUAAUUGAUUCUCAUAAACGCAGAGAAAUCCUUUCACGAAGACCCUCUUAUCGAAAAAUACUGAAUGAACUUUCCUCUGAUGUGCCUGGUGUUCCCAAGAUUGAAGAAGAAAAAUCAGAGGGAGAAGGAACACCACCUAACAUCGCUACCAUGGCAGUACCGACUAGCAUAUAUCAGACUAGCACGGGGCAAUACAUUGCUAUAGCCCAAGGUGGAACAAUCCAGAUUUCUAACCCAGGAUCUGAUGGUGUACAGGGACUACAGGCAUUAACAAUGACAAAUUCAGGAGCUCCUCCACCAGGUGCUGCAAUUGUACAAUAUGCAGCACAGUCAGCUGAUGGCACACAGCAGUUCUUUGUCCCAGGCAGCCAGGUUGUUGUUCAAGAUGAGGAAACUGAACUUGCCCCAAGUCACAUGGCUGCUGCCACUGGUGACAUGCCAACUUACCAGAUUCGAGCGCCUACUACUGCUUUGCCACAGGGAGUAGUGAUGGCUGCCUCCCCAGGAAGUUUGCACAGCCCCCAGCAACUUGCAGAAGAAGCCACACGCAAACGAGAGCUGAGGCUAAUGAAAAACAGGGAAGCUGCCCGGGAGUGUCGCAGGAAGAAGAAAGAAUAUGUCAAAUGUCUUGAAAAUCGUGUGGCUGUGCUUGAAAACCAAAACAAGACUCUCAUUGAGGAACUCAAGGCCCUUAAAGAUCUUUAUUGCCAUAAAGCAGAGUAACGGUCUUUGACUUGGACUUUGUUUACUGUGAACUCUAAUCAAGGCAGGAGAUGGAGCAAUUCUUCUAAUUGCCAUGUGGACAUAUGGAAGGGACAUUUGUGACCCUUAAGAAUCCGGUUUGGCUUAGUGUUUGAAAUUUAAUUAGAAAUGUUGUUCCAAGAUUUGGAGUGCAACCAUGUCACAUAUAACAAGCUUACUUCAGCCUGUUUGUCAAUAGCAUGCAUGCAAAAAUUGUUUGUUUGCCCUUUCGCUUCUAUUUUUUUCCAGGGAAGCUGCUAAAGAAUGUCGACGUCGAAAGAAAGAAUAUGUAAAAUGUCUGGAGAGUCGUGUUGCAGUGCUGGAAGUCCAGAACAAGAAGCUUAUAGAGGAACUUGAAACCUUGAAAGACAUUUGCUCUCCUAAAACAGAUUAGUAGAAAUAUUUAACUAUGAACUGAAUACAACAUGUACAAUUGCUUUUGAAGGCAAUACAAUAUGUAGCCGACAAGAAUUAUGGCUUUUUUCCUUUGUAUCAUUCAUCAUAUUCUCGAAUUUCUAACAUUCCUAAAAAUGCUUCAUUGUAUGUAGUUAACUUAGCUGUAACUUCAAUUUUUUAAAAGAGUCAAACUACAAAAAAUUGUAUGUAACAAAUUUUUAAAAUGAAAUAUUUGUAAGACUUAUUCUAAUGCUACAUAUUUGCAGUUCCCAAUUUCUGUGUCCUCAAUAGUGUCCUAUCCAAUAAAAUUUUCUGCAGGUCUUUUAAAAAUCAUUUUAGGAAAGGAUGAUCAAAGGUAAUGCAUCUGGCAAUACAAUAAAAAUAAACCACAAAAAAUAUUAUACUUUGGAAAGAAACUAGUGACAUGCCUUUCUGAUAAUAAGAGCCUAUAAAUGAAUUUAUGGCAUUUGCAGAUUUUUAUAAUUAGUUGCUUUGU